AUGUCAAGCUUCACCAGUGUAUGUAUUAAAAUUAUUUUUAAAAUUUCACGGACUAAGGCAUUUGGUACAUUCAACUCUGCCUUUAUCAACAAAAGCCUUUUGCACCGAGAUGAGGAAAGCGUCCUUUUCAUUUUCCACACUAAAAAGGGAAAGAAAAAGGCCAACUGCUCGCACGCAGGUCUGCAUCUAACACAGCCGCCUCUGGCAAAGCCAGUAACUCACGUUCAACUUCAGAAACCCUGGUGGCCGGCAACCCACGAGAAAAGGCCUGCCCUUCCCCGCCGGGGGCCCCCGCUGGCUCGACGAGGCCCAAAUCUCGACGCCCUGCACGUCCCGUCCCGCCCCGCCCCGGGCCCGCUCGCGUCCCCUCCGGCGACAACACCCUCCUGCCGGCGUUCAGCCACGACUGACAGUUACGGCUGCAGCAGCCGCGGCCACCAGGGGCCUACUCCUGGCACCAGCGCCUCCGGACCACGCGCCCCCAAACACUCGCCUCGGCGGCGGCGGGGGAGGGGGUGGGGGGCGGGGAACCGGGGAUGCCGACCUCGCCACCGCGGGCCCCGAAGCCCGGCCGGGCGACUGAGGACGGGGGGAAGGCAGCGCCGCCUGGCGCAGGCCGCGACCACACUGACCUGUCGUCGCCCCCGCGCCGGGGCUGCGGCGGCCGCCUCACUGGUCGUCGUCGCCCUCGCCCGCCGCCUCCGCCCGCCACCGCCUCGUUCCCUUUCGCUGCCGCCACCGCCGGGGCUCAUGCGGGACCCGCGCUUCCUUCUUCGGAAACCAAGGCCGGGAAAGGGGGCGCCGGAGCCGCCGAAAUCCCGGCGUUCGUCGCCAGCCGCCGCUGCCUGCCCACACCGGGGGUCUGCGGGGCCCUCCGGGCAGGGGCUACAGGCCGCGAGCUAUUGCGAGGAGGAGCCGAAGGAGGCGCCGCCGCCCGCUGCUGAGCGCGCCGGGUCGGCAGAGGUGAAGCCAGACCCUGUGUCUCAAUAUCCAAGCAAAGAUACAAGGAGGCAGUUGGAUGUGGAAGUCUGCAGUUAGAGGAGAAUGAUACCAACUCGUCCUUCAUUCUUUGACUUGAUUGGUGGAGUUUCGAUCUCAUCCCCAGGCUGCAGUGCAAUGUCAGGAUCUCGGCUCACUGCAAACUCCGCCUCCUGGGUUCAAACGAUUCUCCUGCCUCAGCCUCCCGACUAGCUGGGAUUACAGGGACCUGCCACCAUUCCCAACGAAUUUUUGCAUUUUUAGAAGAAACCGGGUUUCAUAUGUUGGCCAGAUUCUGAGUUUUGAGAGGCUGGUGGCCUUACUCGUGUAGCUUAUCACUGCACCAAGCCAAGUUCCUGAAACACGGUGGAUGCUCCACCUGGAGAAAAGAUGCACCCAUGAUGCUGUUUUGAAAGAGGCCAACUCGUGCCUCCCUGAUUGAGUUCCGGCUUCUGCACCUGAAUGCAUAGCGGCCUGGGCGAGAGACCGUGGUGAGCAAUGACUCCGCAGAAAACCUGUGACUCGACGUGUGCCCUGAGCGUUCUCAGUUCUCUGACGAACAAAGCCGGACACCCGGCUCUUCUCAUCUCUGUGUCUGAUCCCAUUGCUGGAAAGGCCUUGGGGAAUUGUGUGUUUUAACGAUUUCACUGAGAAUAAAACCCAAAGCCCAGUUUCUUCGUUUGUACAGAAAAAUGGCACUGCUGACGUUAACCUUGUGUUACAGGGUAAUUUCAAGGAAUUGCUGCGGACCUUUUGUUUUUU